AUGGCUAGUAGAGAUUUGGCACCACAAGUUCCAGAAGGUUGGAAAGCUGUUUACGACGACCAGUACCAAACCUGGUUUUACGUAAAUUUGAAGACUGAACAAUCCCAAUGGGAAGAACCUGAGGGAACAACAUGGCCACGGGGUGUUGAACAAAGACCAGCAGGUCCACCACCUUCAGCAAGCUAUUCAAGUAAUGUACCGGAAAAAGCUCCUGAACCUCAGUACGUGCAGCAGCAGCCUGAGCAACAGCAAUCUUAUCCAGCUCAACAACCGGAGGCUCAAUCACAACCACAAUCGUAUCCAACUGAAAGUUAUCCGGCUCAAAGCUAUCCUCAGCAACAACCGGUAUACCAGCAGCAACAACCGGCAUACCAACAACCUUAUGUCGCAACUCCAGCUCAAGGAACGGCCCAACCACAGGAACAGCAGAAAGCAUCCAAGGGCUACGGGAGUACUGUGCUAGGAGGUAUCGCUGGUAUUGGUACCGGUCUGUUGGCCGGAUCAUUGCUAUCACAUGCGAUGUCAUCUCACCAUGAUAAGAAGCAUAACGAAAGCCAUUUCAGUGGGUCUAGUGGGUCUAGUGGCUUUGGUGGCUUUGGUGGUUUUGGUGGCUCCAGCGGUGGAAGACCUAAUGAGAGACCUUUCAAUGGCCCACCAAAUAACAACCAUGGAGGUUUCGGUGGCCAUGGCGGUCCCGGCGGUCCUGGCGGCCAUGGUGGCCGUGGCGAUGGACGCUUCUAA